AUGUCAUUGAUGACUUGCAAAAUCUCAUACAUUCUUUCAGCAGAGUUUGUACGGGCUGCUGUUCCUGAUGGAAAAACUGUUGAUGCGAUGGUUUUAUCAACUGUGAAAAGGAAGACUUCUACUCCCCUCAAUGGGACUGAGCAUGAAGUAAACAUUGAUGAGGAGGAUGGCUUCAUCCUCAGAGAUCGUCUUCUCCCCCUCAUUAUUUGCCUGCUGAGAACGGACAAAGUUCCUGCAGUGCUCAGAAUGUACCGGGAUACCCUUAUUACUGUUAUGAAAGCUUCAAUCAAAUCCACAGUUGCAGAGAUGCUUCCAGUCUUGAUUUCCAAACCAAUAGAUUCUGAUUCAGUAACUGGAGACAGAGCUGCUGAUUCUGAUGCUGGAGGCCAGUCUUUAGCAAAUAAACUGCGUAGUCUAUCAUCUGAAGGUUUUGUUCAGCUUUUAUCGGCUAUUUUUAGUAUAGUUCAGGUACAUCUCCAGCAAGCAGCUGAAGUUAAAAAAAUAGUUCAGUGGAUCAUGCGAAACCUUGAUGGGAACAUAAGUCCUGAUGACACAAAUCCUGUUGUACAACACGGUGGCUCAGUUGAUCUUUCCCAAGAGAAAGACUAUGAUGUUACUUCACGGGUCUCUAAUACUGUUACACGCACUCCUACUAAGCUUCCGUUGUUUCAAGGAAAGACAAAUGAUAUGUCCAGUAUAAAUUCAAUAAAAAAUAUUCGAGCUGACGUGUUGAGAGAAAGCACAGAAGCAGUGUUUGCUGCAUGUGAUGCUGCACAUGGACGAUGGGCUAAGCUGCUAGGUGUUCGUGCUGCUCUACAUCCCAAGUUAAGGCUUCAGGAGUUCCUGAUCAUCUAUAAUAUAACAGAAGAAUUUAUAGCUGCUACAGAAAAGGUUGGAGGCAGGUUAGGUUACAACAUUCGCGGAAUUCUACAGCAACAGUCAAAGCAAUUUGUUGAGUAUCAGCAUAGUGUUCGGAUGGCAAAAAUUAAGGCAGUUCUUGACCAAGAGACGUGGAUCGCUGUUGAUGUUCCUGAAGAGUUCCAAGCGAUUGUUCUGUCACUGUCAUCAACUGACUUUCCUGUUAAUGGCAUGGAGAUGCCUAGCAAUGAUAACAACUCAAAGCUCAGUGAGGAUGGGGUUUCAACAAGUCAAGAAUCAGCACAUUCAACUGAAAAUAAUGUUGAAAAUAGCAAUGGAACAUCUACGACAAGCAAUGAAAACAAGGUUGAAUCCACUUCUCAGACUGAAAAUAGUGUUGCUGGCCAUGUUAGGCCAGUCUCGCAAACCAUUGUGCUUGGAGGUGUUGGCUAUCAUAUGGUGAACUGCGGUUUGAUAUUGUUGAAAAUGCUAUCAGAAUAUGUUGACAUCAGUAAAUGUUUGCCAUCGUUAUCUUUUGAGGUGGUCCAACGUGUUGUUGAGAUAUUAAAGCAUUUCAAUACCAGGACUUGCCAACUGGUUCUUGGCGCAGGUGCCAUGCAGGUAUCUGGUCUGAAAUCAAUUACUUCUAAGCAUUUAGCUUUAGCAAGUCAAAUUAUCAGUUUCAUACAUUCUUUGAUUCCAGAUAUUCGUCGAGUACUUUUCCUGAAAAUACCGGAAGCACGCAAACAUCUGUUGAUGUCUGAACUGGAUAGAGUUACUCAGGACUAUAAGGUUCAUCGAGAUGAAAUUCACACCAAGCUAGUCCAGAUAAUGAGAGAGAGAUUGCUAGCAAAUCUUAGAAAAUUACCGCAAAUCGUGGAAAGUUGGAAUGGACUAGAUGAUAAUGAUUCGCAGCCAAGUCUAUUCGCCAAAGCUGUUACAAAGGAAGUCACUUACUUGCAUCGCAUCCUUUCUCAAAUACUGCUUGAGGUAGAUCUGCAAGCGAUAUUCAGGCAAGUAGUCCAGAUAUUCCAUUCCCAUAUUACAGAAGCAUUUUCAAAGUUGGAAGUCAGUAGUCCUCAGGCAAAGAAUAGAUUAUGUCGAGAUGUUCAACAUAUUCUUGUAUGUAUUCGAAAGUUGCCUGCUCAGAACUUCAGCUCAGAACCUGUUCGAAAUUAUGGUAUUCUUGACGAGUUCUUGGCUGAGAAGUUCGGGACAAAAGUUGACGAGUGA